AUCGUCUCGGUCAAAUAAUUGUCUGUGCACUGCGGAAUUUUCCCAAAACUGUACGUUUUGUUCAACUCAAAAAUAUUCGUCCAUUCCCGAAACGUUAAAACCGAUUACGAUGUUUCCUUCGGUGGUGCGCGCCUUAUCCCGUGGAGUCGUGGCUGUUGGACGACAGUCGGCAAUGAAACCGAUCACGGCCGUUUCUGCGAGGUUUAUGUCAGAACACAAAGAAGAAACGGACGAAGAGUUCUACUCGAGGUAUGAAUCGUUCUUCAACCGCAGUGACAUUGACGGAUGGGAAGCGAGGAAAGCAAUGAAUGAUCUGGCGGGUCAAGAUGCGAUAGCCGAACCCAAAGUGAUUAUUGCGGCCCUGAAAGCUUGUCGCCGUCUCAACGAUUAUGCUUUGGCAAUUAGGUUUCUAGAAAACGUGCGAAUCAAAAGUGAAAUCGAUAAAAGCAUCUAUCCUUAUAUCUUGCAAGAAAUCUCACCAUGCCUUCAAGAAUUAGGUAUAGACACACCCGAAGCUCUUGGAUAUGAUAAACCAGAAUUAGCAUUGGAUGAUGUUGAUCACAUUUAUUAAUAAUUAUUAAUAUAUUUCUGUAAUCACUGGUAUUCACUGUUCCAGUUAAAAUGUAUGUUAGAAAAAUAUUGUUAAUUUGUAUUGAAAAAAAAAUAAUAAUAAAAACAUUAAACACUUAUUGUAGUAAACAUUAUUUUUGCUUAAUUUUUUUCUUAAUGUACACAAAUAUAUUAAUUACAUUUUACAAUUAAUUACAUUUAAAAUACAUUUUUAUUUUAAUAUUGAGUAUCUUUAAUUACUAAAAGUAAUCGCUAGAAGACCAUUUAUUCAAAGAAGGUAGUUCUAAAGUAGGUUUGUUAAUAACAUUUUCUUACCAAUGUCACAGUCAGAUGCUUAAUACUAUUUUGUUACAUAUUAUAAUAUUAUGUAUGUUGUGUAAGUAGAAAUAGAAUUAAUAAAUCAAAAUAUUAACACAUCUUCAAA